AUGCAGAAUGAAUACGGCGAAGAAAUCAGACGCCUCUUCGUACCUGGUGCAGAUCCAGGCCGAUAUCACAUACCACGCAACAACCUGAUAGUGUACAACGCAAGAAAAGGUGUCUCCCAGCUCCGAUUCCAGGCACAUAGUUCGUCUGCUCCAUACAGAGACGAAUCGACCAUGGUCAUACACAUCGACGGCGCAUGUCGCGGCAAUGGCACCCGGAAUGCACGUGCUGCCUAUGGCAUCUACUUCGGCCCGAACUCGCCUUACAAUACGUGGGGACUCGUGCCUGCUCACAUGCCGCAAACAAGCACCCGAGCGGAGAUUGAAGCGCUUGCACACGCGCUUCCGGUGCUCCAGAGCAUCUGCAGUCACGAUCUUCAGCUGAGUGAUAUCAAGAUUGCUACCGAUUCCGCUUUUCUGGUGAGAGCUAUGUCGGAGUGGAUGGAAGGCUGGAUUGCAAAUAAUGGCAUCACGGCGAACGGCCGGAGAGUGGCGCAUUUCGAGAGGCUGUGGGACCUGCAUGACACGCUGGAUGAGAUGGAAUACGGCGAUGAUGGGGGUAUAGUGGUGAGUUUCUGGUACGUCGGCCGCGAGCGGAACCGCGCGGCAGACGCGCUGGCAAACGCCGCUUUGGACGAGUGA